CCAGGCGAUAGUUCUUAGGCAACAGCUGAUGAUACUCUAGAAGAGAGCAUAACGCCCCUAGACUUAUUCUCUUUAAAAACAAUAAAAUAAUUAGUUUUAUAUCAAAAUUACAUUGUUUUUGGGUAAAAACGUAAUGCUUUGGUUUUGUUUAUGAUAAUAAACAGUUUUUAAAUUAAUUAAGCAUAAUUUCUGGGUGAAAAACAAGCUCAACUCGAAGAAAAAGGGCAUCCAUGUACCUUUAUGGUCGGCUUGUUGUACUUCUUGUUUUGAUUUUGCGACGACGUAGCCGCAUUCGACUUCCACAUAUCCCACAUCCACGCUGGCUAUAGUCCACUGACCAUGCCCAUCCGGUAAUUGAAUUAGCGCCACCGAUUGCCACACCGACUGACCAACGAUGCAGCGCCACCACCUUUCCGGCUUCUACGCCUGCAUCGCCUUACUCCUGUCCCUUCUACUGCUGACUAUUGGAGAUGUUGCUGGCCAGAAGCAGUACUCUAAGGCACGAAAGCUGGAGCUAAGAGAGGAUGUUCGCCGGAUGUUCCAGCACGCGUACGAUGGCUAUUUGAGACACGCCUCCAACUACGAUGAACUGCGUCCGCUGACCUGCGACGGCCACGAUACCUGGGGCAGCUACUCCCUGACGCUGGUCGACGCCCUGGACACCCUCGCCGUCAUGGGCAACUUCACGGAGUUCCGGAGAGUCAGCCGGCUGCUGGAGCAGAAGAUGAACUUCGAUAGAGACAUCAAUGUGUCGGUCUUCGAGACCAAUAUCCGCAUUGUCGGGGGUCUGCUCUCUGCGCACCUGCUCUCCAAGAGGGCCGGUGUGGAACUGGAGGCCGGAUGGCCGUGCCAGGGCCCGUUGCUUCGCCUGGCGGAGGACGUGGCCCGUCGCUUACUGCCCGCCUUCGACACGAACACCGGCAUGCCCUACGGCACCGUCAAUCUGCGCUAUGGUGUGCCCAAGGGCGAGACCUCGGUCACCUGCACGGCUGGCGUUGGCACCUUCCUGAUUGAAUUCGGAACUCUGAGCCGGCUGACGGGGAACAGUAUCUACGAGGAGGUGGCCCUGCAGGCGGUUCACGCGCUCUGGGCCCACCGCUCGUCCAUCGGACUCUUUGGCAACCACAUCGAUGUGCAGAGCGGCCGCUGGACAGCCCUGGACUCGGGCAUUGGAGCGGGAGUGGACUCCCUAUUCGAGUACCUGGUGAAGGCGGCCAUGCUGCUCAAUCGGCCAGAGCUGUUAGAGCUCUUUCAUGAGGCGCGGGCCGCUAUCGACAAGUACAUGCGCAAGGAGGACUGGUAUGUGUGGGUGGGCAUGAACAAGGGCCACGUCACCCUACCCGUCUUUCAGUCGCUGGAGGCAUUUUGGCCCGGCAUUCUUAGUAUAAUCGGUGACACAGAGCCGGCUGUGCGGACGAUAACCCGAUACAUCGGCGUGUGGAAGAAGUACGGCUUCCUACCGGAGUUCUACAACAUAGCUGCUGGAGAGGCGUCGCCAAAUCGGGAGGUUUAUCCCCUGCGCCCCGAGCUGAUCGAGUCGGCGAUGUACUUGUACAGGUCCACCAGGAACGAGUACCUGCUGGAGCUGGGCGAGCACAUGCUGGAGACUCUGGAGUUCAGUGCCAAGACCAAGUGCGGCUAUGCCACGAUUCGCAACGUUGUGACGCACGAGAAGGAGAACCGGAUGGAGUCUUUCUUCCUGGCGGAGACGAGCAAAUACCUGUAUCUACUCUUCGACGAGGACAACUUCCUGCACAACGACGGCACCGGCGGGGAGCUGCUCUCCACCGAGGACGAUGUGUGCGUGGUGCAGGCGGGUGCCUACAUCUUCAACACUGAAGCCCAUCCCAUGGACAUGUCGGCCCUGCACUGCUGCCACGCCCACAAGGAGGACAUCUAUGCCUCCCUGGACCUGCAACGUUUCAGUCAACAGGCGAUCUUUGAGCGGAGUCGCAAGCGGCAGAUGGCGGUGCAGGAUCAGUGGGUGCCGCAGUGCCAGCCGGAUAACUACCACGGGUUCUUCCAGGCCCAGCCGGAGGCGGAGCAGGAGCACAGCCGGGCCAGCAUCAAGGAUCGAGAGCAGCACACCACCACAAUGGCGGUGGACAUCGAAGUGUUCGAUGAAUUCCAGCAGCCGGCGGGGGAUGUGCUGGUGAGCAACUUUGAAAGGAUUCGGGAGGAGCGGGAGCUCAACCAGAGCGUCCAGCGGAGCGAGGUGCCCCGGAACCAGCUGACGGUCAGUGAUCUGGACGAGUUCUUUGCCCAGCGGAGGGAGAACUUCGCCUCCGUCGGCGAUACGCUGAAGUAUGUCCUCGCAUUUAUGAACAACUUCACCAUGGACGUGGCCUUCAUCCGGGGAUUGCAGCUGUACGACGGCAACAUUACCAACGUCCUGGGCACCAGUGCCCAGAAGGAGUACGAGUCCCGGAUGCGAUCCCUGUGGCAACUGUACGAGCUGGAGCAGCAGUACGCGGCCAAUAUCCGGCUGAUCAAGGGUCUGGGCCUGCUCAGCUUCCAGGCUGAUGGCGAGCGGGUGCGCAACUUCUUGUCGGAUGUCCUGGACACCCUGGACCGGCACGACACGAAUACCUCAUCGCCCAUCCGCGAGACAAUUGCAAUCGCCCGCAUGGGCUACGUUGUGGCGAUGGCGAAUAGCACGGCCAUGCAGGAGUUCGCCCAUCGGAUCUUCACGAGCGGCAGCACGGAGGCGACAACACGCUUCCAGCCACUGCUGAGGCCCGAGGACCUGGGCCAGCCGGAGCACCUGAAGUCCCUGACCGUGGCCGAGGAGCGGGAGCUCUUCCGCUACACCCGGCGUAUAGUGGACUUCCGGAAACGGAUGUCCGAGACGGUGGACCGGCUGCAGACCAUCAUGCAGGACAUAGCGCCGGUUAAGAGCAAGGAGGUUGAUCCUCCAGAUGCCGGCAAUCAGGUUCAGGUAACCAAUGCCCCGGCAGUGGAAAGCCAACCGAAAGUGGAGGAGCAGCAUCAGCCCGGUACAGCCCCUAAGCCCUCGGCAGAUGCUACAUCCCUGGCGGAGAAAGCGGAGCCGGACGAGGCCGGUGGAUCGGUGUGGUCGCAGUUCGUCCAGACCAUUCUCCGGAAGGCCACCGUGCAGCGGGUGAAGUUCGACGAGUCGGUGCUGUUGGAGAAGACGCGCAAGGCGCUGGAGAAGUACAGCCGCAAGGACCUGCCCCACCACCUGUUCGCCUGCCAUCGACCGGAAUACAUUGAAGCCUUCGCCUACCGGGACUUUUAUCCGGAGGCGCUCUAACCCAAAACUAACCGAAACUAACUCUAUGACUAAACACGACUGAUCUGUAGAUAUGUAUGUAGUUAGUUAAGGGGUAUUCGCACUGGGCACAGAUACCUCACGGAGUACUCUCGAUCCCUCGAUCAUUCCCAAUCGGAUUUAAUCCCUCAGAUCCCCCAGGGGUUUCCUUGUAAAUUCUUUAUCCUCCGGAGUGUCAAUGAUCAUUAUAGUUUUAGAAAAAAGAAAAAGAGUAGGAAUCUUUUGUUUUUUUUUUUUUGUAUUUUAAAAUAACAAGCAUUUAGUGAAUGUUUCCGGUGACUACCUCCACAGGACCUCUAUAUAUUCCCCCUCCUCCUCCAAUGGUCAUCUCUGCAUCCAAUUUAGAAUUAAAUCGAAAUGACUUUACAAAUUGUAGUUUAAGCGCCAAAAGGCGGUAGAAUUUUUUAUAAAUGACUGUACAUUAAAGUUUGGUGAAUAAUUAAUAAUUUAAUGGAUAUGUUAUCCUUUCGAAGGACUCCCAGGAUGAAUACCCCUUGAGCUGGGAGGGAAAGUGAGCCAGAGCCACUCCACAUGUUCCGGCAAUUAAUUUAUUAAUAUACACUUAAAUACAUAGACUAAUUGUACCAGGACAUGUAUUACAGAUGUCCUGGGAGAAGGAGUGUGGGUGUGCGUGUGGAGGACUGCCAUCGACUGUUCGUUGCCAGGAUCGUAAUUAAAUUGAUUUAUUUGUGUA